AUGGAAACUAUACAAUUAUUAAAUAAAAAUCAAUUUUUACGUGAAUAUUUUAAUUCAAGUCAUUUACGUAUAACACCAUGGAUACGUGAUCCAAAUGGUUUACAUCAUCCAUUUGUAUUCGAAUUUGAAUUAAAAUUUUUUGAUAGAACUUAUGCUAAUAAUAUUUAUCUUUGGAUGAAUAAAUGGUGGUGGUUAAGUAUUGUUUAUUCACUAAUGUAUGUUAUUUUAAUUUAUUAUGGUCGAUCAUUAAUGGAAUCUCGUGAACGUAUUGAAGCACGUUUACCAUUAAUAUUAUGGAAUUUAGGUUUAGCUGCAUUUAGUAUAUUUGGUAUGCUACGUUGUGUACCGGAAAUGUUAUAUAGUUUAACUCAACGAGGUUUAGAAUAUACAAUAUGUGAUCGAAGUAAUAUAUAUGGUAUAACUGGUUAUUGGAUAACAAUAUUUUGUAUAUCAAAAGUUCCAGAAUUUAUUGAUACAUUAUUUAUUGUAUUAAGAAAACAAAAACUAAUUUUUCUUCAUUGGUUUCAUCAUGCUACUGUUUUAGUUUAUGCUUGGUAUAGCUAUCAUGAUUGGACAGCCAGUGGACGAUGGUUUGUUUUUAUGAAUUAUACAGUUCAUGCAAUGAUGUAUUCAUAUUAUGCAUUUCGUGCGAUGCGAUAUCAUAUACCCAAAUGGGUACAAGUAACAGUAACAGUUUUUCAAUUAUCACAAAUGGGUGUUGGUUGUUUUGUUAAUUAUAAAGCUUAUGUUUAUAAACAAGCAGGAGCCACAUGUUAUGUUGCUUAUGCAAAUAUAUUUUGGUCAUUUGUUAUGUAUGCUGUUUAUUUUGGUUUAUUUCUUCAUUUCUUUUUCGUAAAUUAUUUAUUCAAAAAGCCAACAACCAACACAAAAAUUGAUGAACAAAAAAAGAACAAAUAA